CGCCCCCACCUCCUUAUUGGUGCUGGUUUGCAGCGCUCGGCUUCUGCGCCUUCGCUUCGUGUUUGAAUCUGGCUCGCUCCUCCGUAUUAUGUCUGCACUCCGAAGGAAAUUUGGGGACGAUUACCAGGUAGUGACCACCUCGUCGAGCGGCUCGGGCUUGCAGCCCCAGGGGCCGGGCCAGGGCCCGCAGCAGCAGCUUGUGCCCAAGAAGAAGCGGCAGCGGUUCGUGGACAAGAACGGCCGGUGCAAUGUACAGCACGGCAACCUGGGCAGCGAGACUAGCCGCUACCUCUCGGACCUCUUCACCACCCUGGUGGACCUCAAGUGGCGCUGGAACCUCUUUAUCUUCAUCCUCACCUACACCGUGGCCUGGCUCUUCAUGGCGUCCAUGUGGUGGGUGAUCGCCUACACCCGGGGCGACCUGAACAAAGCCCACGUCGGCAACUACACGCCCUGCGUGGCCAAUGUCUAUAACUUCCCCUCCGCCUUCCUCUUCUUCAUCGAGACCGAGGCCACCAUAGGCUAUGGCUACCGCUACAUCACCGACAAGUGCCCCGAGGGCAUCAUCCUCUUCCUCUUCCAGUCCAUCCUCGGCUCCAUCGUGGACGCCUUCCUCAUCGGCUGCAUGUUCAUCAAGAUGUCCCAGCCCAAGAAGCGCGCGGAGACCCUUAUGUUUAGUGAGCACGCGGUGAUCUCCAUGAGGGACGGAAAACUCACGCUCAUGUUCCGGGUGGGCAACCUGCGCAACAGCCACAUGGUCUCCGCGCAGAUCCGCUGCAAGCUGCUCAAAUCUCGGCAGACACCUGAGGGUGAGUUCCUCCCCCUUGAUCAACUUGAACUGGAUGUAGGUUUUAGUACAGGGGCAGAUCAACUUUUUCUUGUUUCCCCCCUCACGAUUUGCCACGUGAUCGAUGCCAAAAGCCCCUUUUAUGACCUAUCCCAGCGAAGCAUGCAAACUGAACAGUUCGAGAUUGUUGUCAUCCUAGAAGGCAUCGUGGAAACAACUGGGAUGACUUGUCAAGCUCGAACAUCGUACACUGAAGAUGAAGUUCUUUGGGGUCAUCGUUUUUUCCCUGUAAUUUCAUUAGAAGAAGGAUUCUUUAAAGUUGAUUACUCCCAGUUCCAUGCAACAUUUGAAGUCCCCACCCCACCUUACAGUGUGAAAGAACAGGAGGAAAUGCUUCUUAUGUCAUCCCCUUUAAUAGCACCAGCCAUAACUAACAGUAAAGAAAGACAUAAUUCUGUGGAUUGCUUAGAUGGACUAGAUGACAUUAGUACAAAACUCCCAUCUAAGCUGCAGAAAAUUACUGGAAGAGAAGACUUUCCCAAAAAACUCUUGAGGAUGAGUUCUACAACUUCAGAAAAAGCCUACAGCUUGGGAGAUUUGCCCAUGAAACUUCAACGAAUAAGUUCAGUUCCUGGCAACUCAGAAGAAAAACUGGUAUCUAAAACCACCAAGAUGUUGUCUGAUCCUAUGAGUCAGUCCGUGGCUGAUUUGCCACCAAAGCUUCAAAAGAUGGCUGGAGGAGCGGCCAGGAUGGAAGGGAAUCUUCCAGCCAAAUUAAGAAAAAUGAACUCCGAUCGAUUCACAUAACGAAACACCUCUUUAGGCAUUAUUUACUGUUUGGUUUAGUAAUAGUCCAAUAUUUGGCAAAUGAGGUAAUCCUCUCGAAAGAAUCUGAGAGGUACAUUUCUCCCCCAGUCAUAUUUGCAUAUUUGAGAACCUUUCCUUCCCAAGUAUUGCUACUGUGCAGAAAGCAAAAAUUGUGAAGGGAGGACAUCAUAAGGAAGUUCUUAUUAAUGGGCAUGUAUUAUCACAUCAAGCAUGCAAUAAUGUGCAAAUUUUGCAUUUAGUUUUAUGGCAUGAUUUAUAUAUGGUAUAUUUAUAUUGUAUAUUCUGGAAAAAAACAAAUAUAUAUAUAUAUAUAUAUAUAUAUUUAAAAGGGUGGUACUCUCCACAUUUCUAACAUAUAUAUUAAGCCAAACAUGAGUGGAUAGCUUUCAGGGUGAUAAAACUAUAUAUAUAUGUAUAUAUAUAUAUGUGUGUGUAUAUAUAUAUAUACAUAUAUAUAUCUGAUAAAAUUGUGAUGUUUUGUUCAAAGUUGUAGUUCUUGUGCAUGUUUACUUUAUUAGGUUAGGAAGGCUUCUGGCAUUAAUUAUUAAUACCAAAUAUUUUAGCCUUAAAUUAUUUGUCAUUUUAAAAAUCUGAUUUAAUGUUUUUUGCUGUUUAAGGUCCUGGGAGGUUUUCAAUUGUACUUUAUAUGAGGGAGUCACACAAAUCUGUGCUAAUUAUGGCCCUUCAAAAAUAUAACCAUUAUCUAUUUAACUUGUAAAUUUUACAAUCUACCAAUACGCUGAAAUUUUCUUAUGAUUUUUAAAAGUUGCUAGUACUGGGGGAGAAUAAACAUUGAUUAAUUUGAGAAUUGGUCCUUUGCUGGACUAAAGGCUGGAAAUCUGUUUUGUAUAUGAUCUAAUCCAAAUAUGAGCUCUGAACAAAUGCUGGAUCAUUGUACUAGUCAGUAGCCAAGUUAUAUUGAAUAUAUCAGAAUUGCGUGAAAUUACAUAAUUAAUGGUCCCUGUUUAAAACUGAGUCAAUUGGUAACACUUUCACUCUUUUUCUGGAACUUCUGUCAUUUUACAAACCAAUAAUUGAUCCCUGAGGAAACGCAACAAUACAAUGAAACAGAUGAUAAAUAUUUGUGCUUAAAAUAUGUAUGUCUAAAUGAGCCUCUUUUUUAUUGCUGUUCUCUUGUUAGUGGCAUUUGUUGUAACAGGAAAGACUUUUUUCCUCACCUGGGGAACCUCUCUCAUCCCAUGCCUGUCAUUCAGUUCAGGAAGAAUGUUUUGUAUAUAUCUGAGAGAAUUUAAAAUUAGAUGAAUUGAAGCUAUUUUACCCAUGUGGUUUUUUGUUUGUUUGUUUAGUAAACGUUGAUGUUAUUGUUGUCUUGGAUCCCUGGCCUACCAAAAUAAUUUUAGCAGUAUAUUUUUCUAACCCCAAAGUUUGAUAUUUAUUACUCUUUAGUAGGAAUCAAAACUAUUGCUCAGUAGAACAACUGCAAAAUAAAGAUUUGGAAUGCAGAGAUUUUUAUGAAAAUUUACAAGUGCUUCUUAUCAAAAUAUCAUGGAUUUUCCUAUAAAACUUAUUUGGGCAUUGCAAUCUAAGUCUGUCCAGAAUUAAUCUAUUGCUCAUUAAUAUGUAAAUUCUUAGUGGCUGAUUUGAGCUCUCAUCAUUUCCCAGUUUUUUAGCAAUCCUGUGAUGAUUUUCUUAAUGGAAAAUUAUUACAUCAACAAUUCUAUCAUUAACUACAACAAUACCUUCUGGCUACCUCUGUAUCAACCAAAUUCUGUAGGUGCAAACAUAUACCAGGGAAUUGUUGCCGGCAAAAUGAUCAACCUUGAGCAUCCAUCCACUGUGAAUCGACCUGGUUGCCCUACCCCCUGAUCUCCAAACUUUCUUACUUGCUGGGUGUAGGAAAUGAAAUAGUAGCAGAGGCGGAAUGAGGUCAUGGGUACACGCUAUAUUUAUUAUCAGUGGAAGAAACUGCAUAGAUCAUUUAGUCCAACCACUUAAAACUAAGUAGAGCCAUAAUUUAAUUUGGAGAGUCAUUUUAAUUUGUCUUUGGUACCAAGGAGAAGAUAAGACCAAAAACAAACUCUCCAAAUAUAUUCAUUCAUUCAUUCAUUCAUUCAUUCAACAAAAUUUUUGCAUGCCUUUUAUGUCCUAGACAUUUUUAGCUCCUGGGGAUUGGACAUGACUAAAUCAGAGGUCACUGCCCAUUUGAACACUGCAUAUCGGUAGGAGAAUGGGGACGGGACACUGUGGAGGCAGAUAUAAAACAAGUGAGAUGAUUUCAGAUAGUCAGAAUAUCAGUUAAGGUAAGGAAAAUGGAUAACAAGAUGGAAAAUGACAGGGUGGAAUAAGAAUUGAUUAUUUUAGAAGAGAUGAUUGGCUUAGGGAGGGGAUGAUAUUUGAAUAGAGACGUGGAUGAUCAGAAAGAACGACUGUUAGCAAAAUUAAUUUUUCUUUUACCUUUUCCACAUGCUGUUCCUUUAUCUUUUCCACAAAUGUAUGGGAAAAGUAUGACUUCUGCAUCUAAUUGCAGUUUAACACAUAUUACUAAGUUGAUCAUAGGUCCCAGGUUAUCCGGGAGAGUUCCAGUUUAUACCUGUUGUACCUGUGUAAUCAUUAAUAGCACUCUCUUUCACUCUUAGAAUGUCCUGGUUUGGAUGAUACAUUAUAUGGUGACUCUACGUUUUUGUUGAAACUAAUUAAAUUAUGAAGUCUGAUAUAUUUGGAUAAAAAUAAAGAAUUGCUUUUUCUUCUCCUUUUGCUGAUUUUUUGGACACUGAUCGUUCCAAGCUAAAUCAUCUCAAUUUCACAUAUUUCAGCUCAGAGGACUUCUUAUCA